AUGGAACAUGAAGGUGAAGAUAUAUAAGGUUGUUCUUUAAAUUUGAGUUGCUAAGAUUAAAGAUCUUAGUUUUGUCUUAAAAAUGCAACGAUUGAUCCUAUGAAACAUACUAAUUGUAAGAAAGACUUAAAAGGAUUUGGUUAAAUUUAAAGUUUUAUCACCAAAUUCAAUUAGUAUAUAUGUGAAUUAACAAAUUAAUUGAAUGAAUCCUUUGGAUAAGUCAAAACAAAAUAUGAAGAAUCAUCAAAAUAAUUGGAUAACUUGAAAGAAUAAUUAUUUAAGUUAUCUGAUUGUUGAAAUUAAUAAGUUUAUCAUUAAGUAAGGAUAAUUUGCAGUUGAUUAAGAAGUGGUAUCAAUAUUAGAAUAAUAAAGAGAAGAUCACUAAAAUGAAUUACAUAGGUAUUAGUGAAAUCUUUAUUUAUAGGAAAUUCAUUAUUAUUAUUUAAUAAGAACUAUUUAUUUAUAGAAAUAUUAAAAGAAAGAUUUAUUUUUUGGAUUUAGACAAAGAAUUUCAAGUAUUUAAUAAGACAAUCAAAGCUUAUUUUCAAAAGUAAUAAUAUUUGCUUAAAUUUUAUUAGGAAUAUAAUUAAUGUCUCAGAUCAUGAAAAUUAAUUGAAUACUAAAUUAAUAUAAAUUAUAGGAGGCUUAAGAUCUAAUAUUCUAAUACUUAAAAUAAAUGGAAAAACAAAUAUCACUUGCCAAGUUCUUUUUUUAUGUAUAGAAAUAUUGAGUUUAUUUUGUAUGAAUCAGCUCGGAAAAGGUAGAGAUUAAUGA